AUGUCCCACCAGACCGGCAUCCAAGCUAGUGGAAGUGUUAAAGACAUCUUUGUUGGAGCCAGAAAUGGACAAUACAGGCUUUUAAAAAUCGUCAUUGACAAUGAGCAGCUUGUUGUAGGAUCCUCUAGACAGCCAGCUGGAUCAUGGGAAAAAGAUUAUGAUUCCUUUGUCCUUCCCCUUCUUGAAGACAAGCAACCAUGUUAUUUAUUAUACAGAUUAGAUUCUCAGAAUGCACAAGGAUAUGAAUGGAUCUUCAUUGCAUGGUCACCUGAUCACUCUCCUGUUCGUCAAAAAAUGUUGUAUGCAGCAACCCGAGCAACUCUUAAGAAAGAAUUUGGAGGUGGCCAUAUUAAGGAUGAAGUAUUUGGAACAAUACAGGAUGAUGUUUCAUUGAAUGGCUAUAAAAAAUAUUUGAUAUCGCAAUCCUCCCCUGCACCUUUGACAGCAGCAGAAGAGGAACUUCGACAAAUUAAGAUUAAUGAGGUACCUAAAAUAAACAUUCAAGUACAGGCAGAUGUUGGUGUAGAUACCAAGCAUCAAACACUGCAAGGAGUAGCAUUCCCCAUUGCUAAAGAAGCUAUUCAGGCUCUGGAGAAGCUGAAAAAUAAGAAACUCAAUUAUGUACAACUGCAAAUUGAUAUGAAAAAUGAAACUAUUAUUUUGGCCAACACACUUGAUACUGAACUUAAGGACUUGCCAAAAAGAGUUCCAAAGGAUGCUGCGCGUUACCACUUUUUCCUGUAUAAGCACACACAUGAAGGAGACUAUUUGGAAUCCAUAAUUUUCAUCUACUCUAUGCCAGGGUAUACCUGUAGUAUACGAGAACGAAUGCUCUACUCUAGUUGCAAAAGUCCACUGUUAGAAAUUGUAGAGACACAAUUGUGGAUGCAGAUAGUCAGGAAGAUUGAAAUAGAUAAUGGUGAUGAGUUAACUGCUGACUUUCUUUAUGAAGAAGUACAUCCAAAACAACACGCUUACAAACAGAGUUUUGCUAAACCAAAAGGUCCUGCUGGGAAGAGGGGAAUACGAAGACUGAUUAGAGGUCCAGCAGAGACUGAAACACCUAGUGAUUAGAAAGUGUGUUUGUAUUUGUAUUUGUUAAAAUAUUAGAGUAAGAAAUGGAAUUCUGGCUUUUGAUAAUGAACAGAAAUCAUUCCAUUUAUAGAUGCUAGGGACAAAAAAACCCCUCUUUUUACUCUUUUCUGACCUCAACACUUUUUAUAUUGUUACAUGAUUAUAUUUGUUGACCAUGUUUUAUGACAUAUGUUAUAUGACAUAUAGAAGAGAUAAUUAUUUUAAAGCUAGAAAACUAAGCUAGUACCCCAUUUAUUUUAAUUUAGAAUCCAUUAUUUAAUAGCUGUACAUGUGAUCAUAAACUUUGCAGACAUAAAGACUAUGAAGCCCAUGUAUUCUGUGGGUAAGUCACAGCUGUAUUGUUAUGUGUAGCCUAUUAAAUCUGAAAGAUUUUCCAUGUGAGAUGAGAUGAAGGACUACAUAGCAUUGUCCCAAUUAAAACUUUAUUUUUCCUUGUAGCACUUAUGGACAAUAGUAAAAUAGAUGGUUGUCUUUGGUUUUUGACAGGAUGCAUUGCUGGAAUUUUUUUUUUUUUUGGUUUGGGUUUUUUUUUUCUUGUAAUGGAAAAGAUAAACUAAAAUCAGUUAUUGUUCAAUUAAUAUAAGCAUUCAGGAAUAGGUGGAUUUGUAUGUAAUAGGAUAAUCUUCCUAGGCAAAAACUUGGUCGUCUCAAAUUUGUAACUAAUUUAAUUAAUUAUCUUUUAAAGAAAUCUGACAUAAAACACAAUAGCUUUUCCAGACUUAUGUAUCACUUGUAAGCGUUACAUAUUAGGUAACUCAAUGACCAACUAAAAGGUAAUUAGAAGUCCAUGAGUUAGUAUACUCAACAGAUUAUACACCUACUUUCAGAGCAAUAUGCCUGAAGUAUAUAAGAAGUAAUUAAUUAUCAGUGCACUUGGAUCUAAAAAUAUCUAAGUGCUGUAAAAAUUGAAGUAGUCUUGCUUUAUGAGUUAUCCUUGAGGUCCUACUGUGUUUGCAGUAUCAACUGCAAUUUUUACUUUCAAGGUAUUCUGAAAAUUACUUUUCUUAAACGUUUGAACUUCAAUAGUAACUUACAUCUGUAAUUUAAAUCCACUAGGUCUUGAAUAACUGCUGGCAGCAAGCCCCUAGUUAGGAUUUUGAGGUUUUUUUCCUCCCUUCUCUAAAAUGCUAAAAUCAUCCAGAAGAGUCUAAACUUGAUUGAAUUUUAAGUAAUGUGUUUAACAGGAAGAGGAAAAAUAGAUUAUUUUAAUGAGUGCAUUAGGGGAGAACUAGAUGUGAAAAUCAAGUAUUGAAUGACAUUAAAUAUUUAAAACUGUGUAAUGAAGCAAAUACUCAUGAAUAUAUUAUAAUCCCAGUGAGGAUUUGCUUUUUAGUGUCUUUUAUGUGACGUUUGUGGUUUUUGAGUUUUGUUGGUUUUGGUUUUUUUUUCUUUUAAGGCUAAGUAGGAGUUGCCAACUUUGGUUCAUUGGGUAUUACUGCAGCUGGUGGAUAUACUCAUAGAGCUGAAUCGUAUGUUUACCCAGUGGAAAAUGGAUUUUAAUCUAGUUUUGUAGGGAAUACCAUUUUGACACUAGUAGUUCCUGACAAAAAAUUGUUUUAUCUAUUAUUUUGUUUGGCUAUACUAGCUUGCUAUUGUCAUCUGAGAUUGCACUGUACGUGAAGGUUGCAAUAGUUGGUCUUACUUUUUUUUAAUAUGCAGAAAUUUUACACUUCAGCUGUUUUUCAUUUAAUUUUACACACUACAUCAGUCCAAUUCAAUAGCUCUUGAUCAUCAGCUAAUCUCCUGCUUGCUAUUAGCUCGUGUUCUUGUCCUGCCUCUUGCCUUCUCCCUCUUGGGUAAGGAGUUGGUCUUUGAAGUGUUUCCUCUGUACUAGUGUCAGGAAAGUGUCACUGUUUUUUAAAUACAGUUACUGUGUGUGCAGCUCAUUGUACACUGUAAUUAAAUGCAUUUUUAGCUUAACUCAGAAUAUUUGCAACACACUUAAAUCACUUCAGAGUUUUUGUUUUGGUUUGGUUUUAAGGGGUGUAGCAUUAAAAAAUUAUUGCUCGAGGGUUGUUUGAAUUUAUUAUUCCUGCCCUUGUGCCAGCCAUAGCAAGAGUGCACAUACAUCUUUACACUUUCUUG